AUGUGCGCGAGUGACGCAACGCAUGACCCUUCGCUCCGCUGGGCGGACGAACUGGACAACUCGGAUUCCGACCUCGACGGCGCCCUUGAGGUUACUGUGAAACCAACGCACCUGAAGGAGCCGUCGAUAAAGGCCCGUCAGUGGAGCGCGCCGGCGCCGGAGCGCCAGCCGAAGGUCGUGGAGUGCCACCGUGCUGACUUCCUCGCCGAUGACCUGGGAGACUCGCGCGACGGCUUCAAUCGCAGGAUGUCGCGAAAUCAGAAAAAGGGUAACGGACGUAAGGACAGAUUUGAGAGCGAGUCCCACGAGGAUUUCAGCUGGCGGUGCUCGUCGGGCUCGCUUCGGGGCAGCGGAAGCAACUCGUUUCCCAUGAAUUCCAAGAGAGAUGAUGACCGCGGUUUCUACAAUAUGAACCACCGGCGCAAGGAGGAAAACAGCUCCGCAUGGUAG